AUGAAGAGUGACUCAGAAGUGGUUGGGAAGGCGCUGGUGGACGACACCGAGGACGUGUCUCUGGACUUCGGCAGCGAGGAGGAGCUGGCGCUGCGGAAAGCCAAAAUCAGGCACCCACUGGCCACCUUUUUCCACCUGUUUUUCCGAGUGAGUGCUAUUAUUACCUACUUGUUCUGUGACUGGUUCAGCAACAGCUUUGUUGCCUGUUUUGUCACUAUUCUCCUUCUUCUAUCCUUUGACUUUUGGUCAGUUAAGAAUGUGACAGGAAGACUCUUGGUUGGUUUACGUUGGUGGAACCAGAUUGAUGAAGAUGGAAAAAGUCACUGGGUAUUUGAAGCAAAAAGGGUGCCUACAAUAGCUGCCUCAACUGAAGCUGAAGCUCGAAUCUUUUGGCUUGGCCUCAUUAUCUGCCCAGUAAUUUGGACAGUGUUUUUUUUCAGCACCUUGUUUUCCCUGAAGCUGAAAUGGCUGGCUCUUGUCAUAGCCGGUAUCUCCCUUCAGACUGCUAAUUUAUAUGGAUACAUCCACUGCAAAUUAGGAGGACAAAAAAGCAUCAGCAAAAUAACUUCAAGGUUUUUUGUCACAGCAGAUGUUGCCAAGAGACAGAGCAGGGGGAUUUCAGAAGACCGCAUUGAAGAACAUGGGAAGACAUGGACCAGAUAAUCAUUUAAGGAAAAAUGAAAGGAGGAGCAGGAGGAGUACUCAUUUAUUAAAGCUGUUUUUCAUAUGAAAUUAUUGAAGUAAAGCUCUUCUAGAAUUGCCUGCAUGAAAUAAUGAUUUUCUAUCAUUUGUGCUUAUAAGUCUCCUAAACCUCUCAAUCUACUUCAAAAUAACACUUUCCCCAAAAGGCAGCUCGCUUGUAGUUAUGCAGGACUUCAAAAAGCAGACAUUAUCUUGAGAAAAACCCGUAAACUAAACUGAAACUGCUAGAUUGUCCUGAGCAUUAGAAUGCAGCCAGAAGAUGAUCAUUUGUUUAAUUCUGAAACUAACAUUAAUAAAGUGAAAGUACCUUUUCCUCCUGUACACAACACAGAUUUCCCAAGUCUUUGAUUACUCGGUAAAAAGAAGAAUUACAAUUGUAUAAGGGCAGCUUGGUUAGGGAUUAUUAUUUUAAAAGUGCUCAGGCUUAAGAUCUAGUACAAGGAAAAAAACAGUGUCAAGCAGCCACAGUUAUGUUGAAGCAUUCAAAAUCCAUUAAUCUUAUUCUGAUUUGUGUAGUAAAUAAAAUUCUGUACUUGUACUGUUAACUGUAAGCUGCCUAACAUCUAGGCAGUUUUAAAACCAAUGCCAAUUGUAAGGAAAGAGGACAUCACUUUGAAAAUUCCACUCUAAAAACAGAUCUUUUCCACUGACAAAGAUACUUAUGUGAUGUUCUUUCAGUACGAGAGAGAAAUCUGGCAUUGCAACUCAUCCUACAGCAGAAGGCAGGACAGAGCCUACUGCACAUGCAUGCGAGAGUUUAGAUAGAAUGUCCCAAUGUCAGUGAAGCCUAUUUUACAUUCAGCUUUGUGAAUAAGAUUUUGUCUAUGCACGUUUUCAAAAGCCAACUUCAUAUUCACAUUAUCAGUGUGAUGACAGUGGAUGCAAAUUGCACCUUUGUAACACAGAUGAAGGUUUGUUUAUUUUAUCUAAUUAACCUCAUAGCAAGCUUUGAGACCAGCUGUGAAUUUCAGUAAUCUUGAUUAAUCUUUAUGGAAAAAAAAAAAAAAA